CUUGACCAACAUGGUCACGGGUUUCACGGAGGACGCCUUCAGCGUUCAGAUACAAUAUCCGUAGUGCCUUCUUCCCCUUUCCGAUCGUCCCCUUCCACCCCGUCUUCCCUUGCGCGCUUCGAUCGGGAUCGAUGGCGGCGGAGGCGGACGACCCGACGGCGGCGUCAGCGACGCUGGAGAAGUUCCGCCUCUACGAAACGCGCGCCAGGUUCUACGUGAUCGGGAGCUCGAGGGAGAAGCGGUGGUUUCGGGUGCUCAAGAUUGACCGCUCGGAGCCGUCGGAGCUCCACCUCAGCGAGGACCCCGUCUGGUACUCCCAGCAGGAGGUCAAGAGCCUGCUCCAGCGCAUCGCCGAGGGCAACCGCUCCACUGGCGGCCUCACCUUCGUCACCAAGGCCUACGGCAUCGCAGGUUGCAUCAAGUUCUUGGAGUCAUAUUACCUGAUUUUAGUCACCAAGCGCCGUCAAAUCGGUUGCAUUUGUGGCCAUGCUAUAUAUUGUAUAGAUGAGAGCCAGAUGAUCACCAUCCCGCACUCAUCUGUACAGACAGAUGUUGCAACCUCUAAGAACGAGCUAAGGUACAAGAAGCUUUUGGCCAGUGUUGAUCUCACAAAGGAUUUCUUCUAUAGCUACACAUACCCAAUCAUGCAGAGCUUGCAGCAGAAUGUCACCACUGCAGGGAUGAAGGAAACACCUUAUGAAAAUUUGUUUGUAUGGAACACUUUCCUGACAGAGCCGAUCCGAUCAAGGUGCCACAAUGCUCUGUGGAGUGUAGCUCUGGUUCAUGGACACUUUAAGCAGGUCAAGCUGUCAGUAUUUGGCAGGGAGUUAAAUGUUAUCCUCAUUUCUAGAAGAUCUCGGCAUUUUGCUGGGACACGGUAUUUAAAAAGAGGUGUGAAUGACCAUGGAAAAGUUGCAAACGAUGUUGAAACGGAGCAAAUAGUAUUUGAAGAGGAAGCUGGUUCCUGGAAGGGAAGAAUGAGCGCAAUAGUACAGAUGCGAGGAUCGAUCCCUCUCUUUUGGUCACAAGAGGCUGGCCGACUUAGUCCUAAGCCUGAUAUUUUUGUGCAGAGGUAUGAUCCUACUUAUGAAGCAACCAAGUUACAUUUUGAUGAUCUCGCUAAGCGAUAUGGACAACCUAUCAUAAUACUCAAUUUAAUAAAGACUGUUGAAAAAAGGCCACGGGAGAUGAUGCUCAGGCGUGAAUUCUUUAAUGCAGUUGGAUAUCUUAAUCAGAAUGUCCCAGAAGAGAGGAAACUGAGAUUCAUUCACUGGGAUUUUCAUAAAUUUGCGAAAAGCAAGUCCGCAAAUGUGCUGGGUGUUUUAGGAGGUGUGGCGAGUGAAGCACUGGAUCUUACUGGAUUUUACUACAGUGGGAAGCCAAAAGUUCAGAAAAGAAGGUCUAUCCAGCUUAGUCGAACUAGCACUGCAAGGGAUGGCUCCAUUGAAAUAAGAGCUAGUUCUGGAGACCUUCCGAGACUCUCUAGUAACGCUGAUGCACUUGGUUCUACAUCUCAGGAUAUGAGAAAAGAGGAUAGCAAACAUGAGCCUCUUGGUGAUGCUCCUUGUUAUCAAACUGGAGUUCUUCGUACGAAUUGCAUAGACUGCCUGGAUCGCACAAAUGUCGCACAGUAUGCUUAUGGCCUUGCUGCUUUGGGGAGGCAGCUUCAUGCGAUGGGACUGACAGAUGUUUCAAAAAUCCACCCAGAUAGCAGCAUUGCUUCAGCUUUAAUGGAAAUGUACCAGAGCAUGGGGGAUGCACUUGCUCAUCAGUACGGAGGCUCUGCAGCACAUAAUACGGUUUUCCCUGAGAGGCAAGGGAAGUGGAAGGCUACUACUCAAUCUAGGGAGUUUCUGAAAUCAAUCAAACGAUAUUACAGCAAUGCCUACACUGACGGUGAGAAACAAGAUGCUAUAAAUUUAUUUCUGGGUUAUUUCCAACCUCAAGAAGGAAAACCGGCUCUCUGGGAACUGGAUACUGAUUACUAUCUCCACGUGACAACAGCCGGUGAUGAUAGCUACCAUCUUAGUUCCCCACAUGGAAAUAAUCUGCCCGGGGGAUCUGGAGAUGCCAUGAGCCCAAGACCCACAUUGAGCCCUGUGCCAGCAUGUAAAGAGGACUUUUCUAGGAUGAAACUUACUUCAUUUGACAAACUUAUAGAAAGAACCUGUAGUUCGAUACGGAAUGUGAGGCUUCACUGUGAUGCCGAUCUAAGGCCAAGUGGUGGUGUUGGAACUUCUGCAAUGGCACCAGAUGCAGCUGAGAUACAGCUUAAAAGCCCAAACUGGUUGUUUGGUCAAAGAAAACAUGCAGAGACAGUUCCAACAGCAAAAGUUAUUCCAGUUGAAAAUGCAAACGAGGGAAACAAAGAUGAGACGAAUGUGUCUCUGCGUGGGGAACUGAACUGGCUUUCCUCCUCGGCAGAUUCAUGCGAGGAGGACAACUUCAGAAGGUAUCUAGCGUUCACGACGGCGGAUGUAGACAAUGGCUGGUACAGUGGAGCACUGCUAUACGAUCAAGAUGAGAACAGCGGUGCUUAUAAACAUUACUCCGAAUUUUGCCAGGGUCCAGUCAUGGAUCCUUUCGAGCACGACCCCGAGAAAGAAGGGCACUACAGGGAGGCCCUUAGCAUGGACAUGGAACUCACGGACGAUGCACGAGUGGAGGCAGAAAUGAAAGCGGCUCUGGACGACUACCAGGUGAUAGGUUCAGACCUGAGCAUCAUCCCGUCGUGCGGCUCCCUCGCUGAGGACCCAAGCCAGCUGACAAGGUGGAUCAUUGGGGACGAGAAGCUGCGCGUCGUAGGCGCUGUGCAGUAGCGCCGAGGGGUUGUACAGAUCGCUAGAACAUUUGUCAAUUGUUGGUUUCAUCGUGUGUAUAUGGGGUGCUUAAAUGUACAAAAAGAAGGUAUUCGUCCUUUUUUUUCUUCUGUUGGGAGCAAACAGACAGGCGAUCAUUCUUGGAGGCCUUUGUGUGAUGGAUAUAGGAGGACUGGACAAAGAGAGGCAUACACGGGUUGGGCCGGUAAACCAAGGAUGAGAAGGUGUAUGUAUAAUAUUCACGACUGAUUGUCUCAUGUCAUUGUGUUGAUUAAUUAAUUUGCACUUGUCCAAUAGUUUGAAGCAA